AUGGCUACUUCUGACGUUACGAGCGAAGCUGAGGGUGAAAUGCAGGAGGAGGAGGUGGUGAAAGAAAAUGAGGUAGUGAAGGAAAAGCCGUCAGAAGCAACUGUGGAGGUAGUCCAAGGAGGAGAAGCCAGAGACCUUCCCGGAUCCCCUAAGACUCUGAGGAGGAACUCCCACACAGAACAUCCACCCCAUCCACCCGAUGUCCAGAGAAAGCUACACCCCCUGCAGUACAGGUGGGUUCUGUGGUUCUUCAAGAACGACCGAAGCCGGGCCUGGCAGGACAACCUGCAGCUAGUCACGAAGUUUAACACCGUGGAGGACUUCUGGGCGAUGUACAGCCAUGUCAAGCUGGCCAGCAAGCUCUCUUCUGGCUGUGACUAUGCUCUGUUUAAGGAAGGUAUCCAACCCAUGUGGGAAGACAGCAGAAACAAGAGGGGCGGCCGCUGGCUGCUCAGCAUCGCCAAACAACAGCGCCACCUUGAACUGGACCGUCUGUGGCUGGAGACAUUGCUGUGUCUGCUCGGGGACAGCUUUAAGGAAUACAGCAGGGAGGUGUGUGGUGCUGUCGUAAACAUCCGCACCAAGGGGGACAAGAUUGCCCUAUGGACAAGCGAAGCAGAGGACAAAGUCGGCGUGAUGCACAUCGGGCAAAUAUACAAAGAGAGCCUGGGCCUCUCCACGAAGACCAUCAUUGGGUACCAGGCCCAUGCAGACACCGCUGCCAAGAGCAACUCCUUAGCCAAGAACAAGUUUGUGGUGUGA